AUCAGGAAUUUCCAUGGCAACUAACGAUCGCUUGACCUAUGGAGGUCACCGCUUGCACAAUACUCCAAAGUGAAAGUUUUGUACAGCAUAAACAUAUGGCAGACCACUUCCUCCUGGGUUUUUACACAUUCGUCACAUGAUGUACAGCUUUCCAUCGUAUAUCAUGAAUAGAAACUGGCAUAGUUUCGUUAACGAACACUGUUUUAUUACAGUUAAACUUUACGUAAUGGACAUCGCAGAUUGAGAUCAUGAAUAUGUAUCUGAUAUUUGUCAGCGUGAAUUUUCUGAUAAUUUCCACUUGUUCAGUUACCGAUGGACAGGUGCCAGACGGAGUGGUCUAUACCGAUUUGCAAAGGACGGUGCAAAAAGGGGAUGAGGUUGUUCUACGAUGCCAGUUCUAUGGAGCGCCAAUCGCGGUUUACUGGAAGAAGGGAGACGACCCAACGACCUCUCCCAACCUGAUCAUAUGGGUGGAAGGGAGAUCCCCAUCCGGGUCAUGCGUCAAUGACAAGUCAUGUGACAUCGGUGCUGAUUAUUCUCUUACGAUCAAGAGUGUUGAGGUUCGAGACCGUGGAAGGUAUAUAUGCCGGGUUUCAAACUACUUAGGGAUCCUUAUCCACAACUUCACCGACAUUGUAGUAAUUGCACGUCCAGAGAAUCCCUAUCCUGUGAUCGAUAACUGUAUCGAGAGGGCGCCUUCCAACCCUGACAAACCUUGUUACAUUACAACCAAAUAUCCCACUGAAAUCAAAUGCUCUGUAAACGGUUACUUCCCUGCCGUGGACCUGUUCUUCCUUCGCGACCUUCAACACGUCGCUCUUGCCCGAAGCGAAGAAGUGGUCAACGAUGACGGGACGAAGAACAAAUCGAUCGUCAUCGAUGCCGUCAUCGGUGAAUGGACGUAUGUAUGUGUCGUAUCAAGCAUCCCAGGCACUUCUGGACAAAGGACAACGCAAAUUGUUGUUCGUUUGGAAGAUUACUCGACGAUGCUACCACUUACCACUGUUUCUUCGAAGGAAAGGGGAAAGCACCACAUUAUCACAAUUGUUGCACCAGUAUCAUCACUUUUAUCCCUGGUUGUGCUUUUGAUUGUAAUAUUCAAGUGCUUACAUUGGCGCAAAACUUUGAUAAUAAGAUAUGACGUUGAAAAGGGAGACGAAGAUCCACUCCCGAUAAUCCAAGGAAAGAUAUCCUUCUAUGAGCUGUGGAUACUGAUUUUCAGUGAUGAUGCGGACGAUCAGCAUGACAAGAUGAGUAAGCUACGUCAGACGCUCCGAAAUUUAGACGUAUCUGAUGUUGCCGACGACCUGGAUGGACCGCAGACGUAUGAUGUCUUUUGCAAGUGGAAGGAUGGUCACAGGCGGGAUACACAAGCUAUGGAUCUAAGGGGAGCCCUGUCAUCUGUGGGAUUGGAUAGCGAGUGGCGAGGUUUAUACGCUGCAAGACGGCAAAUGGAUGUGGGUCUUUCUGAAGAUGAAUUUAACCAUAUACUAUGGCAAAUUGGAGACCCAGAUAGGGUGAACAAUUUGCUAGGUGAACUCAUUCCUGGCAAACGAAUAAGUACUGCAGGAAAGAUGAAGGACAUUAUCGCAAGAGCAGUUGCAGUGCUGAUUGAAUGGGAGGGAUCUAUUCAAAGGAAUUCAAAGGUCUUGAUGAGCCUGGCUCUGGAGAAAGUAGAAUGCAACCCUGUUGACAGAAAGUUUUUUAUUGUGCCUGAUGCUUUGCUAGAAGAAAUCGGAAAAAUGGAAAUUCGUGGAUUUGUUCAGCGACUGACUGACAGGCAUUUAAAAACGCUGGCAAAUUCGUACUUUGGAACGAUUGUCAAGGAGGAUCUUGAUGAAUAUCUCCAUGCAAGUGAGAUGACCCCCCUUUUCGACACCCAGGGGCUGAUUCUUGAUUGGAUCAGCAAUGAGGAAUGUAGCAACUUCGAUAAGAGGCGCAGACUGAAUGUUGCAAUAUCCGCUGCUGGCCGUCAGGAUGUUGAAGGUCUCUUUGGAGCUACCAUCCUCUACACUCAAGACGUGACAGGCAUUAAGAAUGUUCAACAGAUUCCAAAUGCACUUAUACAUGAUUUUGGUGGCAUAUCAGAGGAGGAGAUUCGUCGAAUAGCGUCCUAUCUCUCACCUACCGAGAUGGGUAAGCUAAACAUUGGGGAAGGUCCGGAUCUGGUAAAACGAGUGAAGGAUUGGGUUAAGAGUUUGCUGAAGAAAGAGAAUACGUCAGGAGGCUGCAGGAAAAUGGUCCAUGAUGCUCUGAAAAAGGUCGAAUGUCAAGGGUUGGUGCCAUUUCCACUUAAAGACAAGACAUGUUUGGUUGAACUUCUUGAGCUUGCAUUUCGACUUCUCAUGACCGACAUUCGCCCAUUCACCCAAGCUCUUGGUGUAUCUGGACAGAGAUUCUUGAAAUACAGGAACAGCUUCACCUCGAAACAACUCUCCAAUGGCACCCUUGGUCUUUUGGAGAAGAUAAGCCACAAGGUGAAAAACAAGAGAAGUGACAUGUGCAGUGUACUUGCCAAAGCCGGUUAUAACAAUCUCGCCGUGCUGACGAAAUACGGACAUUCGAUUUCUUUAUCCGACAUGUUCGCCUUGGGGUAUGGGCCAGUACCAACAUCCCAAGAGCGAGAUGAAUUAAGGCAAAAGCUUGGAGUGGCCUUCGACCAUGAUGAUAUCGUUGCUCUGCUCAAGGAUUGGAGAUCUAUGUUCCAUCUCGAGUCUUUCAAUCACCGGAUUGCACUGGCUGAUGCGGUUCUUCCUGUUCUUGGAAGAGAUAAGGCUCUUGCUGUUUUGUCAGGAGCGUAUCGAAAGAAUGGAAGCCAAAGUGAAAACGUCGUCACGAGCUUACAACACGGGAUUGUUUUCCGGGAGACUUGUCGUCUUGCUGAAAUUCUCAAGGUCUCUAUCUCCCGCGAAGACGAUGACCCACUGACAAUCAUCCUCACCGCCCUAGAGGACCAACUAAAGAAUGGACAGCUUACUGAUGAUGUGUGUGAGAAGAUCAGUGAAGUGGGAUUUCAAGGAUUAUCAAACAAGAUUCAGAGAGGAACUUGUCAGGAAAGUGACAAUGAAAGUACCCGGAUUCAAUGGAGGGAUAGCAUCCAAAACGAUAUAUCGGCACGUAUAGCGAAUGUUCUCGGUGGAAGAAGGACCUCCCCGAUAUCAACCGUCUUUGACUCAUGGGAAGAAAGGAUGAGGAAAAACUCGCUUACGGAAGAUAAACGUGGAGAGCUAAGUGAUCGACUCCUGCGAGCUGGAUAUGAAGAAUUCGCCCACGAGAUCAUGACCGGUUUGAUCUUGCAGGGACUGGUGGGUAUAGAUCAAACAAGAAGUGGGAAAUUAUGA